AUAACAAGCAUAACAACAUGUAACACCCCAGCACGCACACACACAAACAGACACACACAACACAUAGAACCUAGCUCGGGGCUAGUUGAUAUUGGGCUCGCCUAGCUACUCGACUAAGUUUUCUUCAAAUCCUACUUGUGCCUCUUCGCCUCACGUCCCAUGUCUCAAAAUGUUACCAGCCGGCGUCAGCAACGGCGUCCAGCCAGUGAAGCCAAUUCUGAGGUUGAUGUAGCUUACGAGCCAAAAAAUGUUAACUUCAGUUCGAGUAGUGAGUAUGUUGAAUGGGAUCGAGGAUGCUAUGAUCGUGCGAAGGAGUCAAGCCGCCAGCAAGCUCAGCCAGAUAAAGAAAAACUCAAGUUUGCAGCUAACUUUGUCUCACCUGAUGUCAGCGAAGCUCGAUUAUAUAAAAGCUGCCAGAAACGUGCCGCUAUUUGUGUUAAAAAGGUCAUUACAGAACAGGACUCCGUCGACAAUUAUGAAAUGCCUGAAAAUAUCGCUAUAAGAAAUUUCAUAGGCAAAAUUGAGCCGGAAACUUUUGCCAAUAGCAAAGCCACUAAAAUGAAUCGUGGUAAGCCCAAAUCGCCAAAGUCUAAAGAUCCGCCCAAGGCAAAAAAUGAAGGAGAAUUACAUUCGUCGCGUAAGCAAGCAAAGCCUAAAGAACCAACAGCUCGGGACCAAUCUGACUCGGAAGCCAGUCAAGCGACGCAGACGUCGAGCGACGAGUCGAAAACUUUUAGUCAAAUCUAUAGCGAAAUUUACGAGGAGUCACGAGUCCGUCGGGAGAAAGCCGAGCAGAUCUACAAAGCAUAUACCACUCAGAAAGCAAAUCAAAGAGAUGCCUUCAUCAGAUCCAAGUCCGGGGUGCGUACUGCCCGCUGGGUAAGGAAUUUUGGAGAGCUCUAUGAAAGUGAGAGCACUACAGAGGCUUCAAAUGAAAGCGAAAAAGAAGCGCAACAUCUUCAACAAGCAGUGGAUGAUAAUCACUUGACCGAGGCGGACUACAAAUAUUUAAUUCAAGAACAGUUGGAUGUUAUCGACUGCUAUCAGCAAGAGCUGCGCUCUGGCUAUGAACAGCUUUGUGCCGAAAACGUAAAAGAGAUGGAAGAACCGCUAACUGAUGAGCAUGAUGAGCCCGUGAAGAGUCAAUCAACCCAUUCGGCAGCUGAAGACAUAAAUGACAUCAAAUCCGAAAGCCAUGACGAAGUUCAAAGUGAAAUAUCUGAGCAGAACAGUGAAAAACCGUGUUCCCAGUCUGCGCAAAACAGCUCAAAGUUAAUUGAUAAUGAAGUUAAGAAAGCCAAAGUGCUACAAUUUGAGCAUUGUGAAAUUUAUGUUGGUUCUGCGAAAUCCUUAGAGAAAACUUCAAUCGAAGCGAUUCCCACGGAUCGUUCCGUAAGGAGCAAUCAAAUUAACUCAAGUCUUAAAAAGUCCGAAGAGAGCUUACACUUAAAGAAAUCUAGUAAUAAUAGUAAGCAAAUAGUUUCAAGUACAAGAAGUAGCUUAAAACAUACUUCAGAGAGUGAUAAUAGCUCAGAGAGGGCUGACGAGCAUAGCACAGCGGGGAGUAUUAUGUGUGAGCAAACUAAAGCAAAUAGUUCGAGCGAGUCCCUAGAGCUUAAAAAAGAGGUGAUGUCCCAGAGAAGUGUAUUUAAUGGAAGCUCUGCUCAAAUCGAUAAGUGUAAGGAUACUAUCUCUAAUUUUAGUGAACAACAUGAAUCAUCCUUUGGAUCUAUUGAAGAGCGAAAUUCACAAAGAAGUACAUCUCAAAGAGAAGUUGAUCCUAUCAAGGAACUUACAGAUAAUUCCAUAGCUUACGAGGAAAGCGAUCCUCAAGCUUCUAGCUCGCAAAGUGAAUCACAUAGAACUCAUAGUUCAUCGAGUCGAAUGGAAGAGCAAAGCUCACAGAGCUUUACAAAUGAUGAAAAUUCAAAACGGCGGGCUCAAGCAGACGACUCUCUAGCUAAGUCCUUGGAGAGACCCAAGUCAUUGAGGAACAGACACAUGCCUUAUAAUGCUGAGCAAAGUGAAACUGAAAGCUCAAAAUCGAUUGAAUUACGCAAGUCCCGGCGAACUACAUAUAGACUCAAUAAAUCAGAGCAAGCUCCAAAUGGUCAGAAGACGCUUCAUUCACCCGCGAAUUCAACAGGCCCCACGGAACGAUCUACUAAAAAUAUGCAGACUUUUCCAGUUGCGACUAGCUCUUUGGUAUAUGCACCUGAUAGUGCCGAUGACUAUUUUGUAAGCAGCAGAAAUACGAGUGCAAACAGUUCUCUGAUAAGCAGCCCACCAUCCCAGCUAAGUGUGGCCAAGAAAUAUCAAGAUCGUGCGAGUAGCCCUAUACAGAUUAUUUACAGCGACCAAAGCGAUUGCUGUGAAAUGGAGCCUCAAAGGACGAACAGAAUGGAAAAUGUUGAACCGAACGACGACAAGGUUGAUGUGGCAAAGAGCUGUGUGACACUGCCAGAGAGUGCCAUGAAGAGUGAGCUGUCGAAGGAGCGCUCCCAGACAAGCAUAGUCAGCGAGGAGAAAGGAGUUCAGUAUCCUAGCGACGAUGAGCUGGGCGAAUCGACUAAGAUAAAGAGGGCAUACGACCCGGAUGAAGCCUUGCUAAAGGGGCCCAGUGACCUCAAGGAGGACGAAUUGUUAGACAUAAAUCUAAGCGAUGAUGAGCUACAGGCGCAGGCCAAACUGCAGGCGGCUGCCUGGGGGGACAGAAAAAUUGAGUGUAGCUCCAACAACAGCAGCUGCCAUUCGCUGCCAACGGGCAACAGUAGAGAUAGCAGCAGCACAACGAACAGCAGCGCUUACAGCAUCAGCAGCUAUGUGCCCAGCGUGCGUUUCUAUCGGCGUACCCAGCCCGAGGUAGAUGUCGACAUGAAUCUGCUGCACGAUGAUAAGGACUCUCCGCCCGUUACUUACAGAAAGCAUGUGGCACGUCUCGCUGCGCAUGCUCUGCGAGCUUCUACCAACUACUACCAAGCGGACGUUGAGCUAAGCCCGCAAAUGGAACAAAAUAUGGCCGCCCAGGUGGAAAUGCUAUACAAUUCGGAAACGACCUUCCAAACGCCGCAGCGCCUUAUAAAGCGGGAGGAGCUGCUGCAACAGUUCAAUCAGCGGCUGCAACGACAGCUAAAGCUAAUCGCGCCCAACUUUCAGUGAGCACAUAAACACACACGCACACACCCACAAAAGACACACAUGG